AUGUUAAUAUUGGUUCUAUUACCCAUAGUAUACUUGGGAUUAGCGCUAGAGCCUUGCUCUGUCAAGCAAGAAUAAAUAAAAGCCUACUUUUCAACAUAGGAAACCUUUGAAUGGAAUCUAAAAGACCUAUUUUCAGGAUCCUACCUGAAUUACACUCUUUCACCAAAGCAAUCCUUCUUUACCAUAAAGAAACCUCUACAUCAAGAAUAUGCACCAAAAUUACUCAUUGAAGGUAUAUCAAAAAUUGUUGCCAUCUAAGCAAGAACAGAAUAAAGCUAAAACGUUUGGCUAAACCACUUUGCCUUUUUGGAGAAAAAUUUAAACCAAUUGUCAAUUUAUUAUGCUGAAGGAUUACAAGGAGAUUUUAAACCACCAUAUUUUAAUAAAAAAAUUGUUUUUUCCUUGAAUUAAGAUAUUUAAUGCUUAAAUUUGGAAUAUUUGAAUGAGACUUAGUUUUUGGCCGAUUGCUACAAUGGAGGAUAGAAUCCUAUUCAAAAUUAUUUCUUUAUUGUUGAUAAAUCAGGUUCUGUUAAAAAUGUCACAAAUACUAAUUUUGACGUAUAAAACAUAAUCACAAAAAGAAUCACUAGAAUGAUCACUUUUGUUGAUAGCAAGAAAAGUCAAGUUAAAAUGCUUUUCCGAUCAACUCCAGCUUAUGCCACUGGAUCAGAUCUGAAAAAAAAUUCAGUAAUUGAGAUUUUUAACGCAUCAACAUAGAAAUUAAUCGAUUCAUUAAAUUCAUUCAUCAUAGGAACAUUAUUAGAAGUUGAUGAACCUUUCGAUUACGAGUUCAGUUUGAUUGAUUUUGAGGUAUUUUCAGACGGAAAAAUUUACAUCUUAACUGCAUUUGAUGGCAUCAUAAUAUUAUAGAUGGAUUAAUGGUAUGGCUUCAGCUUAGUAGACAAGAUAGAAUUAGUAAAUGAUGUAAGAGAAUUUGAUGUUGGUCAUUUUAUAUCUCAGGAUGGCUCUAUUUAAGAAGUAAUCGGAGUGUUAUUUACAAACAGUAGAGCAGAAAUUUAUGAGAAUAGAAAUUUCAAGAGUUCAUAUUCCUUAGAUUUUAUUCCAGUUUAUUCUACUUUAUUGAAGAUAUCAUAAGAAUUAUUGAUAAUAUAAAAUAAGGGAAAAACAUUCUUAAUCAACAUAUAAACUCAUGAUUUGAUUCACAAGGAAGUUCUUGAAGGAAUUUAAGGACUCUUAAUCAAUUAGUACUUAUAGGAACUGAUUUAUGUUACUUAAGUUGAUGCCAGAAGAUUUACUUUAUCUAGUGGCAAGUUAAGAUUUUUAUCUGGAGAAUUGACAGCAUCAAAGUCAGUAUUAACUAUUACUGCAAAGGAUUAAUUUGAUAAAUCAUGCUAUUCAACUGUUGUAUAUGGAAUUAUAAAUUCAUCAGAUUCAAAAAUAUACCCAUUAUCUGAUUUAGAAUUACCUGAUGUACAUCAUGACUAUCCUGUAAUGACUGCAUUUUAAAUUCCAGUUUCUGGACCAAAUAUUAGAUAUAAUCAAACUUCUCAAACUCUUUCUGGUGCAAAUGCAGUAACCCUAAAUAUAAAAUAAGGAGGUUAUAUUAAUGCUGAAUCUAUAUAUUCUAAAAUUCCAUCGGCUAAAGCCUCAAAAUAUGUGAAAUUGAUUAGUUUAGAUGAUGAAGACUCAAGAAUAUUAAUCAUCUUCUAAGAAGCAUCGACCAAAGAUGUCUUAACCUACAUAUGUUCAACAGAUUCAUAUAAUAAUGGUCAAGUAAACUUGCAAUGUAUCAAUUAUAAGAAAUUUGCAACAACCAUUGAUUUGGACAACACAAAUUUCUAAUGUUUCUUUUAAGAAGAAUAUUUGUAUAUUUUGCUUGUUGAAAAUAAAUACACUGUAACACUGUACUCAAUUUCUUAAUUGGAAAUUCAAUAAUAAUAACAAUUUACCUAUAGUUCAUUUAUGUCACCAACUAUAAAAUCUAUCCAUGUUGUUUCUAAUAGAUUAUAUGUUAUCCUCAGUAAUCAAUAAUUAGACAUUUGGAACAUUAACAAUAAAUAAUAAAAUUCAAUUACAGAAGCAAUAGUAAGAGCAUUAGGAUUUUAUGGAAGUUGGAAACUUUAGAGAAUUGUUGGCAAUUCUAGAUAUCAUCCAAACUUAUUCUUUAUUAUCAAUAAUGAUAACGUCAUAAUUGCAGAUUUUCACAAAGAACCUACCAUUAUUAAGGUAUUAACCUAUACGGAUUCUACUAUAAAUGUUGCUAUUGGUAAGGAUUCCUUCUUUGUUGUAGUACAUACCAAUGCAAAAUCUUAAAUAAUAGAGUAUGAUAUUUCAAACUAUUGUAAUAUCUUUUAAAUGAAAGAACUUCCUAUAUAUAAGUACAAAAUUUAACUUACAUUGGCAGUCACAAUCAACUAAGAUUCAGGAUUAUUGUACAUUGCAGCAAGUGAUCCAGAAAAUGAAGAUUUAGCUGUCAUUUUGGCUUAUAGACCUAGAUAACCAUUAAGAGAUUCUUUGGUGGAAGUGUUGGCUCCAAAGAGAUCCUCAAUUUAUAUUUACGAUACCUAAAUGGCAGCUGCUGGAUAUAAGCAUUUCAUAUUUUAUUAGAACGAUGGGGUAAAUCAUAAUAUGGGAUGGAUGGACAGAGUUACUUCAUAUUAGAUUGUACCUACUUAUUAGACAAAUCAAUGGGUGAAUAAAUUCAGGUUAAAUAUAACUAUGUGGAAUCUAAAAAAUAACCCUACUGUUUAAUUAAGUCAAGCUAUUGUUUUAUAUUAAACUAAAACUUAAAUCAAAUUCUUCAAUCCAAAUUAAGAUCUUUAGAUUGAAAAGUGGAAGUAAACAGAAAUUCCUAUCAAUAUGACAGGAACAAUAAUCGACUAUUUACUCCAAUGUUAAUAAUGCGGAGAGGGUAAAAAUAUUGAUUUAGUAUAACCAUUAAAAUUAUUUAACUAAGAAUCAGGAGACACUUUGAAUGUAGUUGAUUAGUAUGUUCUAUAAGGUUAGACAAAUUAAGAUACUAGAGUAGUUUUAAUGUCGACUAAUGUUAUUCAUUUUGUUAGAGUUUUUAAUAAGAAUAAUCAAUUUGUAAAAGAUAUCCUCUUAACCUCAAACCCUAACGCUCGUUGUUAAAGAAUAUUAAUGAAUUGGAUUUAUAUUCUAGUUACUUGUAUUGAUGUUGUUUAAUACUAGGUAGCAACUAUUUAAUGUUCAAGUUAUUUUACUUGCGGAGAUAAAAUUACAUUUUCACCCUUGAAAUCAGAUGUUAGUCACAUUCCACAAGCCCAUUUUAAUGAUAAUUAUCUGGUUUUUAUUAAUACUUAUCCUUUGAACAUCAAGAGCAAUGAUACUUAAUUACAUUACUACACAAUAUCUUUCAAUAAUUCAACCUAUGUAACAACCUUUUCGUUUAGCAAAUAAAUAAGUUCUGUUUAACUAUAUAAUGAACGCUUUGUUAAAGUAAUGGUAUAAAACAUUUAUAGUUCCUCUAAUUAUUUAUAUAUUAUGGCAUUAACUGCAGAAGGAAGGUUUAGAAUAUAUAACAAUGGUCUAACUUUACUUGGAACUUAUAUUUUAUCUGAUAUCAUAACUCAAAGUGGAGGGGAAAUAAUCUCAUCUCAAUUUGUUGAUUUUGCUUUAGUUUAAAACCCAACUUAUACUGGUAGUGGCAGUUAUAUUGCUACUGUUGAUAUAGUGUUUACUUCUUAAUCUUUGAAUUACAAGUUUUAGUUGGUUUACGAUUGGUACAAUUAGAAACUUUAAUCAUUUAAAUAUAAUUAUGCGUUGAGUAGAUAUUUAGAUGCUGAAAUCUUGCCUGGAAUAUUUAUUGAUCGUUAGCUGUUUUAAGCUGCAAUUCCUUACAGAUAUAAUGAUAAAAUAGUGAUUUCAACAUAUUUACUUCCUGAUAUUAGUGUAAGUGAUCAACGCAUGGUCUAUUCUUAUGGUGGUGUAUCCGAAUACCAUGAUUUUCGUAAUCCCAACUAAGUAGCCUUUUCAAUAUAUAACAAUAUGUUCCUAGUUGGUUUAACCAAAAACUAUUUAGAAAAAGAUUUUACUCUUAAAUAUUAUGAUGUUGACUUGAGGUAUGCUUUGUAAGUUGAUGAUCAAAAUGGAAAAUUGUAUGAAUAAAAGGUAGCUUUAGAAUUGUCAAAUGAUCUUUGCUCUGAUUCCCAAAUAUACAACAUUAAGAUUGUUUCAAAUACACUUUAAAAUUAAUAAGACAAUCUAAAUUCAACUGAAACAAAUCAAAGAAUUGAAUGAUUAAUAUAAUAAAAUUAAUCAUAAUAAAAUAUUUACAAAUAUCUUA